UGUACCAAGAAUAUGUGUGUUGCGUAGAGGGGAGUAGUGAUAUUGGCUGGAAUAGGGGCUACCUAUUGUACCCGCGCCUUGGUAUCUUAGGUAGGUAAGAAGGUACUAUGAGAAUAGGAUGGUGGACCACUAGGAGAAAGCGCAAGCCUAUAUGUCAACUAAUUAGCACCCCCCCUUCCACGAUGCUUGCCUAGAAUAGACUUCACUCGUACGCGUAGCUCAACCCUACCGGGAUAUAUGUACGCUUUCUAUUGACCCCACGUCUUCACCUCUCGAGUUACCUUAAACUACCUCGUUUCAUACGAGUUCAUCAACUAUCUACACUCUCGUUAGCUAGGAUAGAAAUAAAACAGCAAAACAAAUAGAGCCUUGUGCAUAUCCAUUCCAUCGUUAGAUACUUCGCCGACUAGGCAAACAAUACACAUACCUCAAUAGAAUCAUUCAGCCACCUCCGUAUCACCAUGGAUCAUGACCACGUAGUCAACAUCGACCUUGAAAAACAAGAUCCCGACAGAAACUCGCAGGGAUCCUCGCCGAGUACGACACCAUCCCACACAUUCGGCAUUCAGAGGACCCACGAACCGGUAUACACAGCUUAUACCAAAUCCUGCAUCGUCUGCCGCAAGACCCUCUUGCUAAGCUACUUCAACUGCUGCGCCGUGUGUCUUGGCGUCGAAGAGUGCGGCCAGGGUAAAAAACGACGAGCAGAUCCGCCCCCAGAAUCCCUUCCUAUUACUGAGACUCCGCCAUCCACUCCUUCUACAUCAACACCCACAUCUCCCUCGUCAUCAAUAACAGACCCUGAAAACAAUCUCUUAAAUACGAACACUCCCACAAUAACACUCCACUGCGACAGCACCUACUGCCGCUACACCCAUCUCCGCCCCCUAAUGCUCCUCUUCGCCCUCAGCGAACUCGUCCCCCUCCUCGGGGGUCUAUUCCUCCUCAACACCGCCAUAUACCGCCACGACUAGGACGCAUUGCGGUUCGCCGGCGUGCUCAUGCUACAAUGGUGGCAGAUCUUUGUGUUACCUCGAC